UCUCGCUCACACACACGCCUGUUGGCCAAGUGAUGGGAGACAACCACCGAUACUUUGUUUUUACGCACAGGGCGCGGACACACCUGACCCGAGUAUCUUUUCGUUUCGUUUGGAAUUCCGUAUGAAUGGAGCUGGAAAUUAGAUUCAUUCAUCAUUAAAUAAUAAGAAGUCCGUUAUAAGCAGCGUAUAGGAAAGUUGUGGAAUUAUGUCAAUUUCACCAGGAGUUUUGCAGUGGAAGAGGAGCGAAUAACUUUAGCCAAUAUGCGUUUUUGGAUUAUGACUCGUCUCGCCCGACUGUCCUAUGGAAUAUAGCCCAAUAUAUCCGAACCUGCAUUUUGUCUCAUCAUCCCCCGUGAAGAAUAAACUAUUUGUUUUCUGCAUCAUGUUGUCCCUGUGGGUGUAUAUGAUAUAUUGCUGCGUCGGAUACUGUUCAACCUUGCCAAGUCUGAUGGUCAGUACAGCCAGCAGUAAACAUUCACAACAUCUCGAAACAGUUGACCCUAACAGAACUCAACCCCGACUCCAAAACGAAGGGGACUUGGAAUCCGAACACCAAGAAGAUCCGUUAGAUUCUUUAGAUCCGUUAUUCGGCGCAUCAUCCAGGGACGUGUUAAAUAAUGAGAAUGAUUUAGACAGCAGAGGAGGGGAGGACUGGGAUGAGAUUCGAAGCGAGCAGAGGACGUUGGAUAAUAAUGUCGUGUCAAGUCUCUUCAACGAGUCAGGGCCGGUGGAGAGUAAGAAGUUGCCCCAGGCGAUUAUCAUCGGGGUGAAGAAGGGAGGCACACGGGCGCUGCUGGAGUUCCUCCGCGUGCAUCCCGACAUUAGAGCUGUUGGGGCCGAGCCGCACUUCUUUGAUCGGAACUAUGACAAGGGACUGGAGUGGUACAGAGACCGUAUGCCUGAGACUCAGGAGGGUCAGAUCACCAUGGAGAAGACCCCCAGCUACUACGUCACUAAAGACGUCCCCGCCCGUAUCCACACCAUGUCCCCAGACACCAGGCUGAUUGUGGUGGUCCGAGACCCAGUCACCAGGGCCAUCUCAGACUACACUCAGACCCGCUCCAAGAAACCUGACAUCCCCUCCUUUGAGAGCCUCGCCUUCAAGAACAGAACUACGGGUCUCAUCGACACGUCCUGGAGCGCCGUCCAGAUCGGGAUGUAUGCCAAGCACCUAGAACGCUGGCUGCAGUACUUCCCCAAGGAGCAGCUCCUCUUCAUCAGUGGGGAGAGGUUGAUCUCCGACCCAGCCGGGGAGAUGACACGUGUACAGGACUUCCUGGGGCUCAGGAGGGUGGUCGGUCACAAACACUUUCACUUCAACCCAGCCAAGGGCUUCCCCUGUCUGAAGAGGUCGGAGGGGAAUAGUAAACCUCACUGUCUGGGGAAAACCAAAGGAAGGAUUCAUCCUAAUAUUGACCCUGAGGUGGUACAGAAGCUGAGGGACUUUUAUCAACCUUUCAACAGGAGGUUUUAUCAGAUGACGGGACAUGACUUUGGAUGGGGUUCAUGGAGCUGAGCGAUGGAGACAUUGGUGACUCCGAAAUGGCACCCUCUUCCCUAUGUAGCGCACUACCCUGGUCUAUAGUAGUGCACUAUAACAUUGGACAAAAUGGCACCCUCUUCCCUAUGUAGCGCACUAGCCUGGUCUAUAGUAGUGCACUAUAACAUUGGACAAAAUGGCACCCUCUUCCCUAUGUAGCGCACUACCCUGGUCAAUAGUAGUGCACUAUAAUAUUGGACAAAAUGGCACCCUCUUCCCUAUGUAGCGCACUACCCUGGUCAAUAGUAGUGCACUAUAACAUUGGACAAAAUGGCACCCUCUUCCCUAUGUAGAGCACUACCCUGGUCAAUAGUAGUGCACUAUAACAUUGGACAAAAUGGCACCCUCUUCCCUAUGUAGAGCACUACCCUGGUCAAUAGUAGUGCAUUAUUGAGGUUGUACACUACCCUGGUCAAAUGUAGUGCGCUACUGAGGUGUUAUGGUGCCCUUUCAGACAGAGAUGUUGUAUUUUUCUUUGAGGGGUUUUAGGUUGUAUUUGUAACAUUUUGGAGAUAAUGUUAUACUAUGUAUAUAAGGCAGCGUGUGUAAAAAGUACAGAAGUCUAUUUUAUGAUAAUUUAUUUCUAGGAUAUUAUGAACUCACUGAGCUGCCUAUCCAUGUUUGUUGAGGAUCAUCACACAUCUUUACAUUCCUGUUUUUAAAAUCUUCGUUUGAAGGGCAUUUUGUAAUCUUGAAAUUACCUCAGAAAAAUACAUGUGCAGGAAUUGUGGAAAUGAAAAUAUAACAGCAGAAUUCUGUUACGGGUAGCAGCACUCGACCAGCAGGGUUAGGCUAGAGCUAUUGUUUCCCUUCAUAUACAUGCAAUGACUUUAUAAUGCUGCAUUAGCUCAUUCUCCCUGCCUUCACCACGUUGGUUUUAACAUGGCUGUACGAAUACCACACCAUCUCAGCAAAAAUGGUUCAAUCACAAAGGUUGGUAGAAUGAAGACGUACAAAUAUUGUAACGACCAGAGAAUUAGUGUUGGGUCAUUGAACACGGAGGCAUCUCUGUAGCCUCAUUGUUUUUAAAAGAUGUUAAAAACCACUCAAGGAGUCAAAAUCAACCUCCUUAAGAUCAGCCUGAUCUCCAGAGGCCUGUGGGCCCACUUCAUCCACCAGAUCAAUAUAUAGAACCCCAGCUGAUCCCAUCAGUCUUUGUCCCAAAUGGCUCCCUGCUCACUUAAUCGUUCACUACUUAUGACCAGGACCCAUGGGGCAUUUAGGGAACAGGGAACCAUUUGGGGUGCCCUCCCAGUGUCACUAUGACAGCUAUAUCAAUACAGUAAUAAUUCAUCAUCACAUCAAUUACACAUGAGUGAUUAUACAUUACAGCUGAGUGAUGUCACAGUGCAGCUGAGUGAUGUCACAGUGCAGCUGAGUGAUCUGUAGUCCUGUUGGGUAAAGUUAACAGGACUGCUGUUGGAUCAGAUGUUAUCACCACAGCCCUCUGUAGUCCUGUUGGGUAAAGUUAACAGGACUGCUGUUGGAUCAGAUGUUAUCACCACAGCCCUCUGUAGUCCUGUUGGGUAAAGUUAACAGGACUGCUGUUGGAUCAGAUGUUAUCACCACAGCCCUCUGUAGUCCUGUUGGGUAAAGUUAACAGCUGUUGGAUCAGAUGUUAUCACCACAGCCCUCUGUAGUCCUGUUGGGUAAAGUUAACAGGACUGCUGUUGGAUCAGAUGUUAUCACCACAGCCCU